ACUGUGUAAAAGAAGAAAAUGUGGAAUUCGAGUGACGAAACCCUAGAAGAUGAAAAGAGGCAGCAGCAGCAGCAAUUGGAAUCGGAUAACAAAAUCUCAAACCCGAACCAGCGAACAGAGCCAUCUCAAGAAUGGGAGACAAUGGCUCAAGCUUGGGUCUCCGCUUUCCCCGAUGCCAAAGCCGUUGUAAGCUCCGGCGAAGUGGAGACUUGGAUCGGCACUAACUUAGAUUCCUUACCGGCGGAUCUCCGCCACAUGCCUCGCUCUGAGAUCGUAGAUCGUCUCCUCUCAAUGCAACAUUACAUGAGACCAACACCAUCAUCUGAUCAAAACGAGCAAAAUGUGGAAGCAGAUCAACAACAUCCAGCUCGAUUUCAGAGGACUGAUCAGUGGUUACCAGUGUAUUCGUGGUUAGAGUCAUUGGAUCAUGGAGAGUUGGUGAAAUCUAAGGAUAUUUCUGAGUGGCUUGAUGCAAAUCCUGAGGUUAAACAAGAACUUUCUUCUAGGCAUUCUCGUUAUCAUUUGACUCAUUAUGUCAAGAAAUGUCAUCUUAAGAUACUUAAGAGGAAGGAGAAGAAGGGAUUAAUUCGGCUAAGCCGAGCAACUGCGAUGGAAGUUCACAAAGAAUUUGGCGAGAAACACCUUGCUACGCUUUCUGCUGACCCGAUGAGCAACAUACCAAAAGACAGUGAUCUUUACCGGACGAAACAGAAAGAAGCUAAACGCAGAUUUGAGAUCUUGGUCGAGCUCGAGAAGAGACUGGCUCCGCACUUUUCAAAGCCUCGGAUAGGAAACAGAUGAACAACUUAUAUACCAGAAGCUGGCAUUUGGAUCAUCUCUGUAAGUAUGUUCUCUGCUUUGGUGCUGUAGAACUGUUUGUCAGAUUGUAAGGUCAUGUAGCUGUAUCCAAUAUUAGAUGGAGUCUAGUUUGGUGAAUGUAAUUUGUAAUCUUUUUCAAUGUCAACAAUAAUAUCUUAUCGAAAAG